CCAGCAACAGCCACCGCCCAGCGCCCUGCGCGGACAGCCACACGCGGGUGAUUUUCCUGCUUUUCCUUCUCAGCCUGAACUCUCACUUUUUCUGAUCCUUCUUUCGUCUCGACCCGGAAGUGUCACUUUUCACGAUGGCGGCUCCCACGACCAUCACGAAGCUGCCCGAGGUGCUCCGCAGUCCUACGUCUCUCCAGUAUCUUUCGUACAGACACCCGGUCAAACACUCAAACCCGUACUUCAAGCCCAGAUUCACCUUUAAGCUCGAAGACCGGAAACAUACUCUGCUGGACAUUUACCGUUUGCGGCACACAGACCCCUUGAUGCCCCCCUACCCUUACGGCGAGAACAAGCAUUUUCCUGAAGCAAAUUUCGGCCUCUACGGUGGUGCGUCGGUGCAAUCUGGGAGCAAGAUCUCUAAGGGCAGAAAUAAGGGGAAGUCUUUGCGGCAUUGGUUCCCCAAUGUUCGAGUUGAGACAGUGAGAAGCGAAGCUUUGGGCAGGGACCUCAAGAUACCCAUUACCGCCCGAGUUAUGAGGACUAUCAACAAAUGUGGCGGUAUUGAUCAAUAUGUCACUGGGAUGAAGCCCGCUCGAAUAAAGGAGCUGGGUAUGUUGGGCUGGAAGCUUCGAUGGCUGGUCAUGACAUCUCCCAAGUAUCGGGCAGAGCACGCCAAACAGUUGCAGAAAUACAACCUUCCCACACACUACUCCUUAUCGGGCUCCUUUGAGGAUGCGUGGAACGACGAAAAUGUCCGUGCCAAAAUGAUCGAGCAGCAAGAAGCGGCAUGGAGUGAUCUACGAGAGGCAGCUGGUCGGUUUGAAAAGCACGUGCAAAGGAAUUGGAUCGAGAGCGGGGAGAAGGAGACUUACCAGAUUCCAAAGCUAGAGACCCUCAACCGCAGCAGUCCGCUCUCGUUGGGGCUGCCAGAACACCUAGAAGAGCCGGAUAUUGUUGACAAAAAGUACAGACAUCUCAGAACUUUCAAGAAGUCCGCCAGAGAUGGUGUGCAGGAAAUCUCAACGGAAGCUCCGUCUCUUGAGGGCAUCGACGGGGUCAUCAGGGACGAUCCGGAGGUGGCGGCAAUUAUAACAGCGCAGACCAACUCGGGGGACGUUGAGGGACAUAUAGAGGGAACCACAGCAAACACGGAAUCUCAUGACCUCGAAGAAAAAGCACCGGAAGAUCAUACAUCAAGUGGAGCCCAUGUUGAUGCGACCAAGGAGACGCCAACUUCAGAGCCUCAGUCGAAGACAAGCAUAUAACGUGAGGGAUGACGAGGUUACAAUUGGAGUCGCGAAGUGCUGGUCGGAGGAGAUGGAGAAGAUCAAGGUCAUUGUAAAGCGGGCUUUUUGCAUACCCAGGGCAGGUUGUCGAAAGACGAAGAAAAGUCAAAUGUUGAACAAUGCUGUACCAUAUACCCAGAUCACCUCUGGGAGAGAGCGUGCCACGUACUCUAAAUCAGAGAAAGAGACAUAUUCAACUCGUAUGAGGAAUGUGCCCGUGGAUUUUGAGGCUCUGCUCGUUGUUGGUCUGAGACGCGCCAUGCGGUUGUGAUGCUUCUUUGGCGACAGCAACCCAUUGACACUCCAGGAUAAUGGCGGAAAAAGUUUCUCGGUCACAGACCACUCUUCUCCUCAUGAUACCUCACAAGCAGCCGUUUCCGGCGGAAGUCUUUGCUCCAGCAUCGUUCACAGGGACUUGUCCCUUGGCCUCCAACUCCUUCCACCUCGCGAACAGCUUCUUGAAAGCUAGGGGAUCCUGGGCCCCCGAUACCUCCCACAUAUCAUUGAUCUCGUAGAAGGGCACACCGGAGAUGCCCUUCAUAUGUGCCUCCUCUGCUUCUUUGUCGACCAACUCUCCGUCCUUCCCAGAGGUCAGAUACUCGGUGAUUUCCUCCUUGGUGCCAAGUCCGGCCUCCAAUCCGACAUCCACUAGGGUUUCGAGAGUGGUGAUGUCAACUUCCUCCUCAAAAUAGCGCCUCCAAAGACCGAGCAUGACCUUGUUCUGCGAAUCCUCACCUCCUUUGUCCUGCGCCCAGUGGACCAGUCUAUGUCCGUUCCUCGAGGGUCCUGUCAUACCGCCGAAUUUGAAGUUGAGCCCCUCCCCACGGGAGGUCUGGCCCAUCAUAGCCUCAAUCUGCUUGGCGCGCUCAGGCCCAAACUUGGCGGCGUACAUUUCACGUCUUGGGCGCGAUGGGGCUGGGAAAGGUGGUGGUGCCGGACCGCUACCGGCGGUCAACUGUGGCGGUGGGUUGAGAUAAAAUGGUAAGUAUUUCAAGUGAAACUUGUCAUCGGGAUAUGUCUUUUUAUGCUCGGCGAUCGCGCGAGACAAACGCGUAUGACCUAUGAAGCACCAUGGACAUACGAUAUCGCUCGUGAUGGUGAUAUUGUAGUUCGUCAUUUUGAGAAGAAGUUGUCGAGUGGGAGCGAAGAGCAUCAAACGAUGGCGAGACUGCGGUGUGAUAUGGAAGAAAGAGUCGUUUAUCGAUAAG